CUUUCCUUGACAGCUGUUCGGGCCUGCUCUACAGAAAUCGAAAAUCAACUGCAAAUCGGCAAGACCGCCUUCAUCAGCAACAAGCCAUCACCGCAUCACCUUGGUCAAGAGACCUUGUGUGUUCACUCCUGCCCUGGCUGAUGUUUUUUGCUUGAUGGAUGUGUGCUUGUUGAUCGAUCAUUGAGAAGGCAACAGACAUCAUUUUUAAAAAGCAGAUCCAAAGCACCCGCAAGAAGACGAGCAAAAGAAACAAUCGUAGAGAGCAAAGAGAGCAGAAACAAGAAGAGAUCCGUUGAGUUCUUUAUUGGCUUUUUUUGGUGACACCAGACCGUACCGACGGCAAUAGCACAACCAUGUUUGUACCAAUCUUGGACGACGAGGAAGAAGAAGAGCUGCACCACCAACAGCCGCAGCGAGAGUUUCGUCCGGCAUUUGGCACGAUGAUGGCUCGAGUGGUGAAGAUCAACAACAUUGUGUUGCUGCUGAGUCUCGGUGUGGCAACCUUUUGUCAGUAUAGUACACUGGAACCGGAGUAUGUCAACGCGCUCAUGUGGGCCAAACAAGCAUCACAAGAUGGAGCAUCGCUGCUCUCGACACAAUCCAUGAUUCUGCGGACACUGCAAUCGUUUCUGUCGGUGCUGUUAUUGACAUUCCUCCGAACCGUAGUCUUUGCACGGCAACACCAAGACGAGGCGUCGACGUUUCACGCUGUCUUAUCCGACCUGCUCUUUCACAUUCAAUGUCGAUUGGUGAUUGGAUUCUUGGCAUGUUUCACCACGCCGUGGAUUCCCUUUGAUUUGAUGGAGACGGCCGUCGUCUGCAUCUCGCUUUCGACGCAAAUCACAAAAUUGGCCGUUCUGCAAUAGGAAGAAAACCCAAACAACAAACCAUGCCAUGGAACAUUGCUACAACAUUUGUAGCAUCAGUGAUGGGGGUGCAGACAGGAAUGCCAAAAACACGACAAGUAAAAAUCAGAUGGGGAAUUCAUCACUACCGGAAGCCAGGAAUCGCGCCAACAGAGUCUCCUGACUGGUUAACCAGGAUGCAAGUAGUGAAGAAGCAGUGAACGAACGAACGAACACAAGGGUUGGGAAUGCCUUCCUAUCGCGUGAAGCAAUCGAACCAAUCGAGCAAGCAAUCAUUUCUCUGGAGCCGUGGUGCCUGUACUAGCCAAGACCUUAGAACCACUCAUAAACGUAAUUCUUAAUAACAGUCAUACUUUUUUGAAACGGAGACA